AUGGUAACGCAGGCAAUCAACCGGUACUUGAGCCACGAGUUUCGUGUGGGACCUGAAUUAAUGGCCAAACUCUGGAUGUUGGAGAAGGCCGGUCAGUUUUCUAAUCGAAAGGUUACGAUGGUCCGGGUCUUCGAUCCUGAACUUGUCUCCACCGCCCUCGGGGCCAGACUGAAAUACGACGACCUCAAGGGGAACGGAAACGAGAAGGCUCUUCGAUUUGAGGGGCACUUCGAAAAGGACGGGGCGCUCUACCUGGCUGACCGGCGGCCAGCGGCGGGCCCUCAAGCCGCCGCCUCACGUUAA